AAAAGGAAACAUACGUUUAGUUUCUUGUCAGCAUUUCGGUUAAUUGUUAUUUUAUUUAUUAAAACAACACAGCACAAUAUAACUGUAUUAUUACGUCGACUUUUCCCUGUUUGCUUUUAGCAGUCUCUUUUUUUCGAUUUUGGAGAAUAGCUAGAAAAGCUUUGACAAAUAAUAAAUAAUGUCUAAAGCUGCAGUUCCUCUGCGAAUUCUCUGUAUUCACGGUUAUCGACAGAAUGGGAGCUCUUUUAGAGAGAAGACUGGAGCAUUACGCAAAUUAUUAAAGAAACAAGUGGAGCUGGUGUAUAUUAGUGCACCACACCAAGUUCCUGCUGUUCAAAACGAAACCAAUCAGAUGGCCAGUGGUGGUGAUGAGGACCAGAGGGGCUGGUGGUUCUCUGAUGUCCAGGCACGAAGUUUCAAUGCUCAGCAGGAGUGUGAGAGCAGCCUGGGUCUAGAAGAGAGUAUAGAGACUGUGAAAACUGCAGUGAAGGAACUUGGCCCCUUCGAUGGCAUCCUGGGCUUUAGUCAAGGUGCCGCCCUGGUGGCUAUGCUGUGUGCCCUGCAAGAACAAAAACUGGAGGCUGAUUUUAAUUUCCGCUUUGCCAUCCUGGUCGCCGGAUUCCGCAGUGUCUGUUCCCAACAUCAGCGGUUUUACGAAGGCACGGUGAUAACAAUCCCCUCUUUGCAUGUAUUUGGACAGGAUGACCGUGUAAUUCCAGAGGAGAUGAGCCGAGAUCUGCUGCCAGCGUUUGAUGGAGCUCAAAUCCUCAUUCAUCCUGGUGGACACUUUGUCCCGGCGGCAUCUUUGCACAGGCAGACAUACAAAGACUUCCUCAAGAAGUUUGAGUGAGAGGAUAAAAGAGUAUCUGAGAGUUCCUGGCAUAAAUCACGUCUAAAUUAAAUGUACUUCUUGAAAUAUUGCUACAUUGUAAAAGCCUUGGAAAUUGAAUGGUCAGUAAUAAGAUGUUUUACACUGAUCUCAGGGACAUGGUUACUUGAAUGAAGUGCUCUAUUGUUCGUUGUCCAGCUCAUUUGCUUCACAGAGUCCAUCUAAAGGAUAUUUCGGGGUUCAAAACAUGUUAGGCUCUGUAGCAUGGAUUUGUUUGCCACAGAAAAUAAUAUUAAUAUAUGAUAUUAAAUAAAAUAUCAAUUAUAA